GAGACGGUGCUUGGGCGUGAGCAUCCAGAGACGCUGAUGAGCAUGUAUAACCUCGCUCAUCUUCUCGCAAAGCUGUAUCGCUACGACGAGUCUUUUGCCCUGUACGAAAGAGCAUGCGCUGGGUGUCACAUUGUCUUUGGUGAGGAUCACCCAAACACUCGCGCGUGUCGCCAAAACUAUGCCACGGCUAGAAUGGACGCAACAAAACACUAG